AUGGCUUCUGCUAGUGCGGUUGCCACGCAGCGGCGGUUUGCGCUGUCCUCGCUCUUGAGGAGGCUUAGAACCACAUCUUCUCGAACAAUAUGGGCAAUGGUUGCCGGUGGAAUUAUCGCCAUGUUCCUCAGGUACCUGCAGGACCUCUACCGGAGGUUCUACAGACAGGAGGCUGAGUCACUGUGGCGUAGACACGUGGACCUGAGUGUUGUUCAGGCUGUCCUUCUCACGACCGAGCAUCUGAAAUCAUUGGGCCGCGUGGAGAAGCGCACGCUGUUCGUGAAGCCCAUUUCAGAAGUCUUCAAGAAUGAGUUUGUGUUGGCCAACGUACUUAGCACGGCCGAAAAGGCUGUGGCCAAGAACGAGCCAUUUCUAGUCACACAGAUGUCGCAGGAGGACAAGUGGCAUGUGCUCACUACGUGCACCAACCAUCUGAGCUCCUGUUUUGCACCAUAUCAUGUAUUCUUCAAUGAGGCUCGCCGCGUGGAGUCCUAUUAUCAGAGUGCCUGGUAUGUCUUUACCUUGACAUGUGCUCAGACCGAAGCUUCGGGGCGAUGGUUCAUCACACCCCUGAAGCCCGUGGGCAAAGACGACGUCGGCAUGCUCCGCAUCCGCAUCGUUAUGAUGAACGAGCAGGAGCUCCGGGAGAUCGCCUCGGGUGCCAUCGAGCCUCCAAGCUUCGGCUUCUUCAACGGGCGCCAUGAGAGCCGAUGGAAUACCUGCCAACGUUUUGCGGAGCUCUUCGAGCGGCAGUUGUCCAGGGUCAGUGGUCAAAGUGAUGUAGGGGAUGCAGAGUGGGGCCCGAACCUAUGCGGCAGACUUUCGCAGUCGCAUAAGAAGAAGGCGGCCAGUAACCCUUUGUUAGCGGCGCAGGGCGACACAACGUCGCCACACUACCAAGCUGAUGAGAACUGCAUCCUGCGAAUUCACGUGCCGUUCCCCGCGGGCCGUGCUGUAAUGGAGAAGUCGGACUCGCAGAGACGCCUGGAAGAGUGUGUCUCGAAGGAUGUUGUGCUGUUUGAGUAG